CAGAAACACUCUCUCACAGUUUAACACUGUCCUGUUAGUUCACUAUCUCUCUGUCUCUGAAGUGUUCACAUAUAGAGAUCUGACAAUGCUUCACAUGUGUGUGUUGUUCUGCGUGUGUCGUCUGGCCGGAGUGUUUGCUGGUCCAGAUUCAGUGAAAUCAGUGUCAGUGACGGAGGGAGAUUCAAUCUCUCUAAACUCUGGUCUCAUUGAAAUGAUGGAUGAUGCUUUGAUUUACUGGACGUUUGGAGAUGAAAACACUUUAAUAGUUCAAAUUAAUGUACUGGCCGACAGAAUGACUGUAUAUGAUGAUGUUCUUGAUGGGAGAUUCAGAGACAGACUGAAACUGGACAACCAAACUGGAUCUCUGACCAUCACACACACCACAACUGAACACACUGGAGUUUAUAGACUAGAGGUCGAAGAUGGUGUGGGCAAGAGUUUCAGUCUCAUUGUCUACGCUCGUCUGCCUGUUCCUGUCAUCAGUAACUCUUCACACUGUUCAUCAUCAUCUUCAAAUUGUUCAGUGGUGUGUUCAUCAUCAGUGUUGAGUGUGUGUGAUGCGACUCUGUCCUGGUACGCAGGAAUGAGUGUAUUGUCCAGCAUCAGUGUGUGUGAUCUCAGCAUCAGUCUCUCUCUACCUCUGGAGGUGGAAUAUCAGGAUAAAAACACCUACAGCUGUGUGCUGAACAAUCCCAUCAGCAACCAGACCACACAUCUGGACAUCAACACACACUGUCACACGUGUGCAGACUCCACUGUUGUCCACUGUUGUGGUUCUACUGAAGCUGUGAUCCGAUUGGUCCUCUCUGCUCUGGUGGGCGUGGCUACUGUAAUUGUUCUACUUUAUGACAUCAGAUGCUGACAACUUUGUUUUCCAUUAGGGAUGUCAACAAUUAGGCGAAUCGACGACAGGGCGGACUUUGAUCCCAUACGGACUGGCCAUCUGUGUGAUCUGGAGAAUAACAGAACGGCCGGUAGUAGCCUACUCCAGGGUAGGGUAGCACCAGCCGUUCGUAAGCUCUUUCUUAAAUUAACGUAAAGUCCACACUAGAGGCUUAGUAACUACUAGCUAGUUUGUAACUAACUCUGUACUUUAUUCCGUUGCACCAUUUGUUCGUAAGGUAGAACGUAGCUAUAGACCUUAUUCGCAAACACCGGAAGUAGCUAACCGCGGCCAUAUUGUUGACAUAACAUCUGCUGCCCCUAGCCGGCGUAGCCGCGCGCAGAUUUGAGUUGAGGGGAGCAGUUGCCUACAUCUCGUCGGUAUCAAGAGAAGAUAAGCUUGAUUGGUGUGUGGAGUGGACCCAUAUCAAAAUCAAAUAAUAGCAUUAAGUAAAGAUUCGUCCUUAUUGCCAGCCGUAACCUAUCCGGAUAUUUAUAACUAUCUCUUUCAUACAGUAUCCGUAUAACGUACAAACUACCAUUUACCUCAACAAGGCAAUAAUGAACGAGACUCGUCUUAUUCUUGGAGGUGGAAAAACAAGUGCUUUGU